UAGCGUCAACCGGAAGUGGAUGUAAUUACGGAAGUGUUCGGUGUAUUGUAGUAAUAGCGCCGUUCCCUCCAGAAAUCUGGUUUGCGAGUCCUGAAUCGGAGCCCGAGUCUUAAUACUGUAUGUAGGAGCGCUGUUUUACACCGCGACCAGGGUUCCAGUUGGGGCUGCGGCCAUGACGGACCCCAGUGACAUCAGUCUGCCGCCGGAGGAGCGCGUCAGGAUCCUCACCAAGAAGGGGAGCUCGGUGGACAUCAACGACGAGGUGCCCUUGCGCCGCUAUUUCCGAUCAGGCAUGGAGAUGAUCCGUAUGGCCAGCAUCUAUACUGAGGAAGGCAACAUUGAGACUGCCUUUAUCCUCUACAACAAGUACAUUACGCUCUUCAUAGAAAAGGUUCCCAAGCAUCGGGACUAUAAAACGGUGAAUAUUCCUGAGAAGAAGGACACGCUAAAGAAAUUGAAGGACGUGGCCUUUCCUCAAGCUGAAAUCCUGAAGAAAGCACUUCUUAAGAGAUUUGAACAAGACUACGCUCAGUAUCGAGUCAAGAAGAAAGAGGAGGAGGAGGCUUUGGCUCUGCAGGAGUCCCGCCAGCGAGCGCUGGACGCUGAGCGGGAGCGUGUGGCCGAGAUGCAGCGGCGGCAGCAGGAACAGGAACAGUUCAGCGCCUUCGAGGAGAUGAUCCGACGCCAGGACCAGGAACGAGAGCGCCAGCGCAUUCUUUUGGAGUUCGCCGAGCCCUCGGAACCGCCCCCGGACAUGCCGCUCAUCCCAGGCAUAAGAGGUCCGCCGGUCAUCUCGCCCACAAUUCCAAACAACCCAACUGUGAACCACCCUUCCUCGGCCGUAACCCCACCCAGCUUUGACCGCUCACUUAAGCCCGGCUCGUUGGUCAGUCCUGGGAACAAUGACUUGACUGUAGACGCCCUUCGCCAGCUGUGUGUGCCGUCAGAGCUGUGCCGGAGUUUCCUCCGGCUGGCCGAUGCCAACACCAGCCGGGCUGUGGAAACCUGCGGAAUCCUGUGUGGAAAACUGACAAGAAACACAUUUACUGUGACGCACGUCAUCGUUCCGAAGCAGUGCGGCGGUCCUGACUAUUGCGACACAGAGAAUGAGGAGGAGCUCUUUCUUAUACAGGAUCGGUAUGAUCUCAUCACCCUUGGCUGGAUCCAUACUCACCCAACUCAGACAGCAUUCUUGUCCAGCGUCGACCUGCACACACAUUGUUCGUACCAGAUGAUGCUACCCGAGGCAAUCGCCAUUGUCUGCUCGCCCAAGUUCAAUGAGAUCGGCUACUUCAGACUGACAGAUCGGGGAACCAACGAGAUCUCCUCGUGUAAGCAGAAGGGCUUUCAUCCUCACAGUAGAGAUCCACCUCUAUUUACACAUGCCGGUCAUGUCACCAUCUCCAACGACACUGUCUCCGUGAUGGAUUUGCGGUGAUUUUGGGAUUUUUUUUCCUUUCCAUUGUCUUUCCCCCCUGCUGCUGCUCCUCCUCCAAUGGCGACACUCAGAGACUGUUUUAUCACAACAUAGUUUUGUUUUUCAGGACGUGUGUUCAUAUCGUUCUGCUGACUAUUAAGUGUUCUCUGAGGGAACAAAAACAAAAUGAACAAAAUUGUCAUUAUUGCACUUAUGUCCACCUUGUUGUCUAUGUACUGAAUGUGUGCGUGUUCUACAAUUUUCCGCCUGACGGAUUUAAGUGCCAAGGGUGGUGACGUGGCUGACAUUUUGGUUGUUCGGACUGAAGUUUUGAUGUUUUUAAAAGGCGGUUGGAACUCAGGUGCAAACACAUCAAACUUUUUUUUUUUUUUUUUUUUUAAAGAACGUUGAUAAAAACUUUUCUUCCUCGUGUGUCCUUGCUUCAGAGAGAGUGAAUGUAUAACUCCACUAACCUCCGUGCUCCUUGUUUCUGCCUUUCAAAGUUGGUUUGCGACCCUUGUGUUGAUAUUGUGAAGAAUUACAUUCCCCCCAUAAUGUGCAUAUGCAAAUAUCUUAUGUUGAUAAAAUGCCAAGUUUAAAUAAAACUAACUGUACAUGAGCUUGGGAUGUUUG